AUGCCUCGGACUAACCAUAAGAUCCGUCAACUGAUAAUCGAGAAUCUACCUGUGGAGAAGGGCUUGGUAAAGAUAUUGCAAUAUGUGAUUCAACAUCAUCGCGAAGCCGCGGAUGGAAUCGUCAGACUAAAACCUCACUUUUCCGUGUAUCGGUAUGUUUUUUUUUAUCAACAUUAAUCUCUCUUUUUCAGGGACAUUCUGUUUGUCGCUCUUGACCAAUUUGGUCGUAGCGUAAAUCGAGAACAAUUCGACCGUGAGUUCCAAAUCCAAGUCGAACGUCUGCCAGCCCGGGUCAUCCAGCUCUUGCAGAAGGGAGAUAUCCUUCCUCAGUUGAUGGUAAUCGCAUGCAGACGUUUGUUCCUGCCAUUGGAUAUGAAUUGA